UUCGCGCACCGCUGAAGUCUCUCCCGUAGUUUGUGCCUGGAUACAAUCGUCGUAGAGCAUUUAAUUUACAAUAAAGGUGAGGCGAAUAUGGCGACGUUGGGACCAGACCCUCGUCCACAUUCCCAGCUCGCAUCUGCCUCUAUACAAAGUAACAUUAGCGGCAAUACCGUGCCAACUAACCGCGGCUUGGAAAGAGCGUUGGAAGAAGGAGCGAACUCCGGGUUUUUUAACCUCAGCGCCAGGAAACUCAAAGAAUUCCCUAGGACAGCAUCUAAUUUUGACUUAUCAGAUACAGUGGAAGCAGACCUGUCAAGGAAUCGUUUGGCGGAGGUCCCCUUGGAGGUGUGUCACCUGGUCGCCUUGGAAUCGCUGAACCUCUAUCACAACUGUAUCAAAACUAUUCCUGACACCAUCAUCAACCUACAGUCACUCACCUCCUUAAACCUCAGUCGGAACCAGCUGUGUGCUCUGCCAGCCUGCCUGUGUGGGUUGCCCCUACGAGUCCUCAAUGCCAGCAACAACAAGCUGGUGUGUAUACCUGAGGCCAUCGGUCAGCUCAGGAGCCUCAUGGAGCUGGAUGUGAGCUGUAAUGAGAUCACUGCUCUGCCCCGUCACAUCGGCCGACUCAAGGCCCUCCGAGAACUCAACGUCCGCAGGAACCUGCUCUGUGUCCUUCCUGAAGACUUGGCGGAGCUUCCCCUGGUGAAGUUUGACUUUUCCUGUAACAAGGUGUCUACCAUCCCAGUGAGCUACAGGAAGAUGGCCCAGCUCCAGAACCUACAGCUGGAGAACAACCCCCUACAGAGCCCCCCUGCACAGAUCUGCAUGAAAGGCAAAGUUCACAUAUUUAAGUACCUGAGCAUCGAGGCAUGUCGAAGUGACAAGAUGCCUGAUUCUCUCUACCUGCCUGUCAUGGAGCGCCUCAGCCUAUCACGACCCGCCACCGGCAGCACGGAGGACAUUGACCAGAAUAAGAAACAGGACACUGACUCAGGAGUUGGCAGCGACAACGGGGACAAGAGACUGUCUGCCACCGAGCCUUCAGAUGAGGACAGCUUGAGUCUCAAUGUCCCCAUGUCCCACAUCACAGAGGAGGAGGGGCUAAGCAAAGACGACUCCAGCGAACACAUCAGCGCUCUAACAGCGGACCCCCACGGGGACGGGGUGCAACUGAUAGAGGAGAGCCCAACAGAGGCCCUGAAAGACCUGAAGGAACAGUUAGGCUACAGAGACUCCUCUUCGGCUCUCAGCAACCGCUUCCGCAGCUACAUCAAGGGACGGACGCCAGACUACGACGAGCCCCUCAGGAUAGAGGAAGACACACACUGGGCCUCUGAACAGACGUCAAAGGUCACAGAAGGAACGCACAUUGCCAUGAUCAACCAGCUGAAGGAGGCUGUGGACCUACUACAAGACCCUAACAGAGUGAGUAUGGAAACAGAGGACCUAUCUGGAGUUCAGCUUUACCCUGUUGAGAUGGUCAUGGUGGAAGACUCUCUCAAUGGCCAAGACAGUGACGGCAGUGAAGAACAAACCACACCCAAGGGAGAAGACAGAAUUCCAGGCAGCGGUCCCACGUUUACCACUCCUCCCACCCCUCCCUUCGGGUUGAAGCCCCGCUCGGCCCCUGCCUCACUGCCCUGCUUGCCCCAGCCCUGUCUCCGCCCCCUCCUCACACAGGCCCUGUCCGUCGAUAAAGACACUCCCCCUAGACCAGGCGAUGGAGUCAUGCACAGCAGUGUGUUCCUGAGGACCCAUAAGAGUCUGGAGUCUGUGGAUCCUCAGUUCACCAUGAGGAGGAAGAUGGAACAGCUGAGAGAAGAGCUGGAGCUGAUGGAACAACUCAGAGAGAGUAUAGAGAGCAGACUGAAGGUGGCUCUUCCUGAAGACCUCGGCUCCUCCCUCAUGGACGGGGUGGUGCUCUGCCAUCUGGCCAAUCACAUUCGCCCACGCUCCGUGGCCAGCAUCCAUGUGCCCUCGUCCGCUGUGCCCAAACUCAGCAUGGCCAAGUGUCGGAGGAACGUGGAGAACUUCCUGGAUGCCUGUAGGAAGAUGGGCGUUCCCGAGUCGUCCCUCUGCUCAGCAUAUGACAUCAUCCAGUGUCACCUGCGGCCGAUCCGUGUCACCGUGUGCGCCCUGGUCGCCAUGGAGACCCCCACAGAGGGGAGGAACUCUGACAGACAGGGGGAGGACCCGAGUCCAAACCCAAGCCCUGCCCCAGAGGUGUCUACACAGGUCGCCUUGGCUCCGUCUCCCGCCUGGCAGCCCUGGGACCUGAUUGGCUCGAGCCUAGUACAUGUCUUCUGUCUCCUCCUGCUGUUUGUGGCCUAUAGCUGGAGCGAGCUGACGUAAUGCCACCUGUCAAUCUCCUGUCAAAGCCCCCCCUCCCGCAUGUGCCAACACAUCUCCGUCCGCAAUCCUCCUCCUCUUUUUCUUCAACCUCGUUUCUGUCCAGAAAAAACUGCUGACUCACACACAUAGUGUGUCUCUCAUACACACUUUUAUUCAUGCACACAUUGCAGAUGCGCACCAAUAAACUCCAAUAAAUACCAACUCACAACCUCACACACAUACUGUCCCCAUCAAUACUGCACAUUCCAACUGUUGAAAGAAUCCUGGAGCUUGUACACAAGGGGUUUACCGGAAGACUCUCUACAACUCUUUGACCAAUGUGUCAAAUCAAGCCUAUCAUGUUGGACUCUUGGCUUUAUUAAUGCCCUCUGGGGUCACAGACCUGUCUCUUGGUUCCAUACAGCCUGUCUAGUUUGGGUCCAGGUAAGCACAGAGCAUUAAUAGGGUUCCUCUAUCAAGCUGGAUCUUGGCGCUUUUUUGUCGCAUUGGUCUGUCUCUUCGAGACACAUCAAAUACAGGUAAAAUACUGUCUGCUCAAAGGAAAUAGUAAAGCUCAAUAGUGAUGCCAACUAUGACACAAAGACACAACAAACAGUUUAUAGGUUUGGACCUAAUAAACACACCACUUAUGACUAGACUGUAAAAUGUCACUACAGAACACUGUCACUAAAUAAAGUUCAAUAAUCACGUCACUACUGCACAUCUUUACCACCCGACCAUCUACAGGUAACUGCCAAAAUAAUGGAAACGCUUGAGUAAAUGAUGGAUACAAAAUAUAUUGAACGCAGAUGCUUCCACACAGGUGUGGUUCCUGAGUUAAUUAAGCAAUUAACAUCCCAUAGGGUCAUGUAUAAAAAGGCAGGCCAUUAUUUUGGCUACUAUGGCGAUGUCCCCAUAGGAUGACAGGGCACGAGUGAUCACUGAGUGGUUUGAUGAGCAUGAAAACGAUGUAAACCAUAUGUCAUGGCCAUCUCACUCCCCAGAUCUCAAUCCAAUUUAACACGUAUGGGAGAUUCUGGAGCGGCGCCUGAGACAGCGUUUUCCACCACCAUCAAAACACCAAAUUGUGAAGUUUUUUGUGGAAGAAUGGUGACGCAUCCCUCCAAUAGAGUUCCAGACAGUUGUAGAAUCUAUGCCAAGGUGCAUUGAAGUUGUUCUGGCUCGUGAUGGCCCAACACCCUAUUAAGACCCUUUAUGUUGGCGUUUCCUUUAUUUUGGAAGUUACCUGUACAUAACUUUCAUAUUGCUAUAGUUGAUUUACCCUGGGGGAGUUACAUGACUACAGUAUGUAGAAGUUUUGGGCCGACUAUUGUAUUACUUACUUUAAAACCUCAUGAAGAUACAUUGGAUGGAAGUUUAUUUUACCCAGCGACUGCAAUUGGUAUGCCAUUAUACUAUUAGUUAUGUGUGUUUUAACUCAGCCAUUGCUGUGAGGCUUUAUAAUGACUUGUAUAUCUGAUGGUGUGAAUGGAACUGGUAAUAAAUGUAUAGUUACCACCUCACCUAUUUUGUGUUGCUGUUCUCUGAAGAAUGAUGAUGCUGUUCAGAUUCUUCAUAAUGGUUAUUCAACAUACUCCUACACACACCUGUACUGUCUAUGUCCCCUCAUCACCAUCGUUGCAUUGGGAGGUCUUGAUUUACUUAUGUUUUGUCUGUCUCCCUAUUUCUGUUCCACUCAUUCCCGAACCCCCCCCCCCCACUCCCCACUCUCUGUUUGUCUCCUUUCUCUUUCUUCUCUGUGGAACCUCCACAGGAUAAGCUGUGUCUGCCUCAUCACAUACUAGAGGAGAAGGGUAUGAUAAAGGUGAGCAUGACAGUUCAGGCGCUGGUGGAUGAGUCUUCAACCAAGCAGGCUCUC